GAAAUAAACAACAAGACAAAUUGCUUGGCCUCGCCGAUAUAAAUAGCUCGUCACUAAAGGGCACGCAACCGUGGAUAGAUAGGCAGGCGCACAAACAAUCGUAGUAGUACAAGUUAUUGACGAGAUGGACGCCGGCGGCGAUGCUACCGAGAGCAAGGAGCAUUUUGUCCUAGUGCACGGUGCCGGCCACGGCGCCUGGUGCUGGUUCAGGCUCCUGCCCCUGCUCCGGGGCUCCGGCCACCGCGUCUCCUGCGUCGACCUUGCUGGGGCAGCCGGCAGCCGCGUCGACCCCGGCUCUGUCCGGUCGUUCGACGAGUACACCGCGCCGCUCGUCGACCUCCUGUCCGCGCUGCCAGACGGCGAAAAGGUGAUUUUGGUUGGGCACAGCGCAGGAGGGCUAAGUGUGACCCAUGCAAUGCAUUUAUUCAGCGACAGGAUUAAGCAGGCAAUCUUCAUAGCAGCAACCAUGCUCCCGUUUGGCUACCAAACGGAACAAGACAUCAAAGAUGGCGUACCUGAUUUAUCCGAGUUCGGGGACGUGUAUGACCUAGCAUUUGGUCUUGGAAUGGAUCACCCGCCAACGAGUGCAGCACUGCGGCCAGAGUUCCAGCGCAUGAUCCUGUCCCAGCAAAGCCCCCAAGAGGACUCUGCGCUUGCCUCCAUCCUACUCCGUCCAUGGCCUGCCGCCUUGAGCGCAGCCAGGUUUGGGAGAGGCGGCGGGGACAGCAGCGCGAUCGACCAGGUGCGGCGCGUGUACAUAACAACGGCAAAGGAUUGCAUGGUGAAGCCGGAGCAGCAGGAGGCGAUGAUUCACCGGUGGCCACCGAGCAAGGUUGUGGCCAUGGACACCGACCACAGCCCCUUCUUCUCCGCACCGGAGCGUCUCUUUCAGCUCAUUGUCAAGUUACCGUGACCACUUGUACACCAUGCAUGCACGGUCUGGGUGACGCCUAGCUGCUCCUGCUCUUGUAUUCUCCACUUCUCCAGUCUUCACUGUGUGAUGUUACUUGCAUGCCAAUUAAGUUAUCAACAAGGCUGUAAAGUUCCAGA